AAUAAGUCCCAUAUGUCUACUACAUCCAUAUGUUAAAUGUAGCCACGCACGCUAGUGUUUAAAAAAUAAAAAUAAAAAUCCUAUCAGAGUGAAAGCUACUGUGCUUUGUGUUCAGAUAAUGAUGGAGGUUAUUACAGUAUAAUAUACUGACAUACAGAUUAUAGACCGCACAUUUCCACAUCACAUCCAUUGACUGCUGACGUGUAUGGGUUCCCUCUCUUUCACGCAUGCGUAUAGCAGACACGACAACUCACGGCCCUCUCAAGCUAGCUAAAAACACAUCGACCCAGUCAGAAGUUAAACUGUUUACUUUUCAGCAUAAAAUCCUUAUGUAACUUUUCAAAACAAAAUUGUGGGUUAAUAGAAGUUCAAUACAUGUUUCAAUGUGCACUAGAACCACAUAUUUAGAAAUCAGUAGUAUGUUUCUCUUAUUAAUAUCGUUUAAGAACGUUUCUUUGUGGUUUCUUUUAUUUUGAAAUAUCUAACCGGAAACCUUUAGUAGUUUCCUCCUUAUAGACACGGACGUUUUUAUGUGGCGUUACUGACGUAGCGACCGGUUCUCUGGUGGAGUUUGACGUGGCACUCUGCAUUCAUUCAGGGCAACAGACGGCGAAGAGGACUCUGCUCAAUUUUCAGGUUGUCCUUGAUCCUGGCAUGAGAAGGCAGUAACAUCCCAUCAAAAUGAGUCAACAGGGUUAUGUUGCCACACCCCCAUACUCCCAGGCCCAGCCGGGGAUGGGGGGCUACCAAGGUGGAUUUGGAGCUGGUCCUGCACAGCCCCCUUAUGGGCACUAUGGGGGACCACCUCAGACAUUCGCUGCUCCACCAACAGGUAUGAUGAAACCACCAGUCCCCUCUGCUGCUGGUAUGCCUCCACCUCCAGCGUCCAAUCAGUACAAUCCAAAUGUCCAGCAGAAUGGCGCACAUCCACAAAGGUACCCUGCUCCACCAGCCGAUUCUGCUUAUGGCCAACCUCUCCAGUCCCCAUACAACAGCAUGGUUUCUACGGCCCCGCCUCCAGCACAGCAGCUCACCAAUCAGAUGGGUUCCAUGAACUUGGGCAACUACGCCCCCGGUCCCAUGCAGAGCCCACCACCUCCAACGAGCUCUGUAAUCCAGCAGCCAUUCCAAACUCCACCGGCAAUGGGCCAGCCACAGAUGCCUCCAGGCUCGCAGUUACCCCACAUGUCUCCACCACAGUCACCCCAAGCAAGCAUGCAGAUGUCCGGCCCCCCAAUGUCCGGCCAACCGAUGUCCGGCCCCCCGAUGCCCAGUCAACCGAUGUCUGGCCAUCCGAUGCCCAGUCAACCGAUGUCUGGCCAUCCGAUGCCCGGUCAACCGAUGCCCGGUCAACCGAUGUCCGGCCCCCCGAUGCCCAGUCAACCGAUGUCUGGCCAUCCGAUGCCCGGUCAACCGAUGUCCGGCCCCCCGAUGCCCAGUCAACCGAUGUCUGGCCAUCCGAUGCCCGGUCAACCGAUGUCCGGCCCCCCGAUGCCCAGUCAACCGAUGUCUGGCCAUCCGAUGCCCGGUCAACCGAUGUCCGGCCCCCCGAUGUCCGGCCCCCCGAUGGCCGGCCCUCCAAUGGCAGGCAUGGGUAGACCCUUCCCCGGGCCACCUCCUGCAGGCCCCGGAGGUUUCCAGCAGCCUGGUCUCGGAGCUGCUGGUCCACCAGGAUACCCACAGCAAGCAGGUCAGUUUGGGGGACACAUGGCAGGACCCCAGCCAGGACCCCAGCCAGGCAUGCCAGGGGCCUUCCCUGGUGCACCAGGCGGACUGGCUGGACCACCUCAGAAGAAACUGGACCCUGACUCUAUCCCCAGCAUAACUCAAGUCAUUGAGGAUGACCAAGUAAAACGAGGGGGGCAGGUCUACAGCACAAACGUCAGAGGACAGGUUCCACCUCUGGUCACCACUGACUUCACAGUACAGGACCAAGGCAAUGCCAGUCCCAGGUUCAUGCGCUGCACCACCUACUCCUUACCCAGCACCGCCGAUCUGGCCAAACAGUGCCAAGUGCCCCUGGCCACCAUCAUAAAACCCUUUGCCAAUUUGCCAAAGAAUGAGACUCCUCUGUAUGUUGUGAACCACGGGGAGACGGGUCCAAUCCGCUGCAAUCGAUGCAAGGCCUACAUGUGUCCCUACAUGCAGUUUAUUGAUGGGGGGCGUCGCUACCAGUGUGGUUUCUGCAACUGUAUCAAUGAAGUCCCAGUUUUCUUUUUCCAACAUCUUGACCACAUGGGCCGGAGGGCGGACUUCUUCGAGAGGCCUGAGCUGUCGCUGGGAUCCUACGAGUUUGUAGCCACCCUGGACUACUGCAAGAACAACAAGCUGCCGAAUCCCCCUGCCUACAUCUUCAUGAUCGAUGUGUCCUAUAACAACAUUAAAAGUGGACUGGUCAAACUGAUAUGCGAUGAGCUGAAGACUCUACUGGAGAAUCUGCCCAGUGAGGACGCUGCGGAGAGCUCUGCCGUUAAUGUUGGCUUCGUCACCUACAACAAGGUCCUCCACUUCUACAACGUGAAGAGCGCCUUGGCCCAGCCCCAGAUGAUGGUGGUUUCAGACACAGCCGAGAUGUUCGUCCCGCUGCUCGACGGCUUCCUCGUCAACUAUCAGGAGUCGAGGGCCGUUAUCCACAACCUCCUGGACCAAAUCCCUGAUAUGUUUGCAGAUAGCAACGAGAGUGAAACGGUCUUUGUUCCGGUCAUCCAGGCCGGCGUGGAGGCCUUCAAGGCAGCAGAAUGUAGCGGAAAGCUCUUCAUCUUCCAGUCCUCCAUGCCAACUGCCGAGGCUCCUGGCAAGCUGAAGAACAGGGACGACAAAAAGCUGAUCAACACGGAGAAAGAGAAAACCCUGUUCCAGCCUCUAAAAGGGGUGUAUGAGCAGCUGUCUAAGGACUGUGUGGCACAGGGCUGCUGCGUGGAUCUCUUCCUCUUCCCUAGCCAGUACAUGGACAUUGCAACCAUGGCGGAUGUGCCCUCGCACACCGGAGGCUCCGUCUACAAGUACAACAACUUCCAGGUGGAGACCGACGGGGAGCAUUUCCUGAGAGACCUCAGAAAAGACGUGCAGAAGAGCAUCGGAUUUGACGCCAUCAUGCGCGUCCGUACCAGCACAGGCUUCAGAGCCACCGAGUUCUUCGGCGCCGUCCACAUGAACAACACCACAGAUGUCGAGAUGGCGGCCGUGGAUUGCGACAAGGCGCUGACCGUCGAGUUCAAGCAUGACGACGCGCUCAGUGAGGAGACGGGGGCGCUCUUGCAGUGUGCCUUGCUGUACACCACCGUCACCGGACAGCGACGCCUCCGCGUCCACAACCUCAGCCUGAACUGCAGCUCGCAGCUGUCGGAGUUGUACAAGAGCUGCGAGACCGACUCGCUCAUCAACUUCUUCGCCAAAUCAGCUUGCCGUGCCAUAUUGAACCAGCCCCUGAAGAACGUGAGGGAGAUCCUGGUCAACCAGACGGCCCACAUGCUGGCCUGCUACAGGAAGAACUGUGCCAGCCCCUCAGCUGCCAGCCAGCUGAUCCUGCCUGAUGCCAUGAAGGUGUUUCCGGUCUACAUGAACAGCCUCAUGAAAAUGGCUCCGUUGGUCGCCAGCACGGAGCUCUCAACCGACGACCGAGCCCAUCAAAGGCUGUUGUUGAUGGGCAUGGGGGUGGAGGACACUCAGCUGCUGCUCUACCCACGUCUCACCCCACUGCACAACAUGGACGUCAACGCAGAGGCUCCGCCCACUCCGGUGCGCUGCUCCGAGGAGCGUCUGACGGACUCUGGCAUGUUCCUGCUGGAGAACGGCCACUCCAUGUUUCUGUGGCUGGGCCAAGCCACUCCUCCAGAGCUCAUCCAGAGCAUCUUCAACCUGCCCUCCGUCGCCCACCUGCAGGGACAAAUAUGUGCGCUGCCAGAGCUGGACAAUCCGUUAUCAAUCAAGGUCCGAUCCUUCAUCGAUGGCCUGAUUGAAAAGAGGCCGAAUUCUAUGAAGCUCAACUUUGUGAGGCAGAAAGACAAACCAGAGAUGUUGUUCCGUCAGUUCCUGGUGGAGGAUAAAGGCCUGCACGGCGGAGCUUCCUACAUGGACUUCCUUUGCUACGUUCACCGAGAAAUCAGGCAGCUGCUUACCUAGAACCCCCCCACCUGGACGCAUGGCCUCGGUGUCUCCCAUCGACCAAGCCCGGGAGGAGCUCGCCAUGGACCGUGCACAAACCUCACAGGGUCAGUCUCCGUUGGCGCCGCAGAAAGAAACCUUUUCAAUGUUUCACAAAGACAGAGGGAGGAGCCGGGGACCAGCGAGAGCCUUUCGAGAUUUAACCUCGAGAGUCCACAGCUGCCUUUCCAACACGGCACCCACAGUGUACACACAGUAUGAGCUUCAAAUAACCACUUGUCACUUGAAGAACUUCUAAGUAAGACAUGGACAACACAUCCAGCCGUUCCCACAGAGGUACUUUGUGUGAUGAACUGUGGAGACUGGCGUGAGAUCAGAGUCUGAGGCUGAAAUGCAUUCUGGCAUAAGCAAUACGCCGUACAUCUCCACAGGGCAGCCGUUCCAGUUUCACAUUUCACUUUGUAGGUGUACAGGCUGAGACGAGAGGUUAUUUGUGGGCAAUACUGUAGUCGUUUACUUUGGAACUCAAGAAAGCUUGCCAGUCUUUUGUUAUAUAAAUAUGAUUCCCAAUAACUCCUUUUUAAAAUCUUUUUUUCUUUCUUUUUUAAACAAACGCUCAAAUAAAUUUGACCAUAUUUAAAUGUCUUAUAGAGGCUUCUACAUUAAUAUGCAUCACAUCAUAAGCAUACACACAAGAAGUGCAUCGACUUUAUCAGGUUAGUCAUGAUUUAGCAGAGAUAUUUCAGCAGCUAGCGGGGCUGAGAAUGGAGUCCUGUUAUUACACCACGAGUGGUACAAACUUUCGAGUUGCACAUUCCCUCCAAACAAAACCAAAACGUCCGAUUCUCUGACCGUUUACAGCAGAUAAAGUCUUGACUUGUUUUGUGUUCUGAGAUUACAUUGAAUUGAUCACAUACGCUUCACGUAGAGAACGAGGGCAAACUUGCGCAUUCCGAUAAAAACAUUUGUUUUCCUCCACUGCACGAGUUAGAAGAGGAGUUCAUAGAGGAGUUCAUAGAGGGAUGCAUAAGGGAAUAGACUGAUGCUGAGAGGCAUCAGCGGAAAGAAGUUUGGGGACCAAACAUUAAGUUUCUCUUUAAAACUGUCGCACAACAAUCCGAUAAUGUCGGGAGUGAUUCACUUUGGGAAAUGCUUUACAACAAUGCCAUAUUACUAUUAUUAUUAUUAUGAAAAAAGGAGCGAGCUGACAAAUCUGACAGGACAAUAUAACCACCAGCUACUAUUGGACCAUCAGAUUUGUGUCCUCCCACUCUUUGACCCAAAUUCAGUCAAAUCUUUAUACAUUAACUAUAAUCUGCAUGAUAGUGAGUAAUUGUAUGUAACCUUUCAGUCUUGUGUACAGCGAUAGCGUCUUAACUGUUUUUAUUGAGAUAAUUGCUCUGUGUUAUUCAUGUAUGAAUUUGAUGUACGAUUCUGUGUGUGGCCCACAAAGUCUUUGUACAAGAAAUACAUGUUUUUAUUUAAUUUUUUCCAAAAUAUUACCAUCUGCCUUAAGUUGAUAUGCUAGUUGUUAAAACAUACACAGAAGUACAUGUCUGAGACGUCUAUGGCUGAUUUCAAUCGUUUUGGUUUGUAUGCAAACUUAUCUCAGGUAAUUUGAGUACCUUUUAUUAAAGUUAGAAGUGAUUUCAAUAUAACUGGAAAGAUG